AUUAUAAUAAAAUAUUUGAUCAUUAAAAGUAUCUUUGAGGAAUUUGCGACUUAAUGGAGAGGAGAUUCGCAUAUCGUCAGUUACUAGGGCACGCCAAGGGCCGGUUGUUUUUAGAUAUCUUUUUUUCUUCGUUGUAAGGUCGUAUUUCAAUUCUAUGUUUUUAAAAUUCAAUCUGUAAUACAUUUAUUUGUAUUAAUUCAUUAGAAUAAUUAUGAUUGAUUGAAAAAGUAGUUGACUAUUUUUCUUUUUAUCGAUAAAAAUCUGAUAACUUCUAUGGCCUUGAACAAUAUAUGUAUAAGCGUCUUUUAUACAUUUACCGGAAAGGAAUGCAACUUCUCAAAUUUUAUUUAAUUUCUUUUUUCAGCUAUUUGAAGUUUACAAAAUUUAGUAAAUCAACUUCUUUCCUCAUUUUAUUAGAAAAAAUAUAAAAUUGUUUUAUUUGUAUUUUAAGAUCUGUUCUCAGAUAAUAAAAAACUGUCUAAUAAGGAUCAUGAAAUUUCAAGGAAAUGUUAAUGCUUACAUGUAACUAUUUCUUCAAAAGAAAAUGGUUUCAUCUAAUCAACCGAGAAAGACAAAAAUAUUUGUGGGUCGGUUACCAGAAAAUUGUCGCAACGAUGAGUUGCGACAAUUAUUUUUACGAUUUGGUGAGGUAACGGAAUGCGAUGUCAUGAAUCGGUAUGGGUUUGUCCACAUGGCACGUGAGGAAGAUGCAGCUGCAGCAAUCAAAGCUCUUCACAAUUCCAACUUCAAAGGGGCAACAAUCAACGUGGAACAAUCUACGGGCAAAUCACGUGGCGGAGGAGGAGGACGCAGGGAUGGAGACAGAAGAGGUGGACCAGUGAGAGGUGGUAGGGGAGGACGAGACGGUGGUAGAGACGCUCGUCCUGGACCAUACAAUGAUAGAAGAGUUCUUCCGAUCCAACUCGUUGGUUACGAUGGAUCUGCUGCAGGUGGCGUCGCAACGGGGUACACCGAUUACAAUCGUGGCGCUGGAGACUUUAGUGGACGUGGAGCAGACUUCGGGACUGGAUACACUGAUCGUGGAGCAUAUGGUCAAAAUGUGGGAAGCGCGGCAAUGGGUUACACUUCUACGGCACCUGGAAUGGGAGGAGGAUAUGGACCAGCAACUGGAGCUGUUGGAGGAUACGGACCAACUGGAACAGCUGAUUAUGGUCGAACCGACUACAGUCGCGCUGCAGAUUUUGGAGCCAGAACAGAUUAUGUAGUUGGAGGUGGAAUGACUGGGGAUUUUAAUAGAGGUGCACCAGGUCCAAUGGAUUAUGGACGUACAGAUAAUUUUGGUGCAAAUCGUACAGUUGAUUAUACAGCUAGAAAUGAUUAUGAUCGAGCUGCAACUGGGCCUAUGAGAAAUGGUGGUGGUGCAGUUGCCACUACUGGGUAUGGAACGGGUUACACAGAUGUAGGAUAUGAUGAAAGUCAUUGGGGUUAUCCGGGCGGGCCUGGGGAUAUGAUGGGUGGGCCCGGGGGGGUAAGUCAGGGAGCUUCAAUGGCCUAUGACAGGAGGGAUGGUCCCCCUGUUAAUGAUAUGCCUCCAUUUAACAGGCCAAUGAGUACUGGACCCAGCUACAGCACUGGGGCACCUAGUUAUAGUACUGGUCCUGGACCACAAGCAGACAUGUUUAGUAGAAGACCUGGCAGUGCUGUCCCCAGUGGUGGAUAUCCACCUGUUGGUGGAGGCUAUACCGAAGGGUACGACAGACCAGAUGCAUAUGGUCCUCCACGUGGUGGCGGACGCUUCCCAGGUCCGGCAGACGCGAUGCCACCGAGGUACUAAAAGCGUACACUAAAGCGAAUACUAAGCGCAUGCGAAAGGCUCCCUUAAAAAAAAAUGCCUCUUUAGUGGUGGUCAUUCGCUUACGGAAUCGAAAACCUAGGAACUGCCCUGCGUCCGACAUACAGAGUCCAUACCAUUACAUACGAUACUAUGUAUAAUGAUAUAGAUAUGAUAUAACGAUAUAGAUACGAUCUAACGUUUAACACACUAACUUAAGGUACGGUAAGAAUAAGGAGCACAUCAAUCAGCAACAUAAUGAAUGAAUUAAUGAAAUAAGCAACUACGAUUAUUUGAAGAUAAGAAAGAAGAAGAUUGAAUUCCUGACUGAAGUGAACUUUGUAAUGUGGAAUCAAGAAAUUUUAUAUAUCGUUCAUUUUUUCCAGCAGAUAGUGGAUAUAUAUUCUUUUUGUGCGAUUUGUGUUCGUAGUUUUUUUUCCUGAUAUUUCCAAUGUUUUUCUCUCUCUAUCUCUAUCUUUCUCUCUCUUUUUCUAUCUCUCAUAGUGGUACAACUCAAUGCUAAAGGCAUGGGUUGAAUUAUCUUUUAUCUAUCUUAAGUCACAUGAUUAUUACACAUUAGUAGGAUAGAUGAUUUCGUUAUAAGUUUGUAAUAUUUAGCAUCAGCAAGAUGGUGACUUAGGCUAUUAAACAAAAAAUGCUGUAUAAUCUUUUUUUUUUUUUACACGUAAGAACUUGGAUAAUGUUUUAAAUGUUCAUUAAUAAAGCAAAGAAACGUGUUUGCAGAAUUUAUCAAUGUACCUCAACGGAAUGAAAAAUAAAAUUCAAACGUAUAUGUCUUUAA